AUGACUUAAGUGGUGCAAAGAGGGAGAAAAGAAAAGAAAAAGAAAGCGAGAGCUGUUUUGGGGAAGAAUGCAUGUUGCUCUCCUGCUCGCGCUUGUAGCUCAGCUGAUUGGCACCGAGGCUGUUUGGUUGGAGGAUCACCUGGUGGUCUCGGGUCGCCGCACUGGCACUCUGUACUGCAGGGUGGGCAUCGGCUUCCACCUCCAGAUCCAUCCUAACGGCAGAGUGAACGGGAGUCACGAGACAAAUCACCUUAGUCUGCUGGAACUGUUUUCCAUAUCACAAGGAGUUAUAGGAAUCCGAGGAGUCUUUAGCAACCGAUUUCUAGCCAUGAAUAAGAGAGGAUGGCUUCAUGCUACAGAGACUUUCAGUGAUGACUGCAAGUUCAGAGAGCGGUUUCAAGAGAACAGCUACAACACAUAUGCAUCAGUGAUACACAAGAAUCACCGGACUGGGAGAGAGUGGUUUGUGGCACUGAACAAAAAAGGGAAGGCCAAAAUGGGUUCCAGUCCAAGAGUGAAAUCCCAACAUGUGUCUACUCACUUUUUACCAAGGAUGAACAGGCACAUGAAACUGGAACAGGGCUUUAUGAUAACAGAUAAAGAGCAGGAACGGACUCAGGCACUGCCAAAACCUCAAGCCCCCAAAGUUACCAUAAACGCAGGGCAGAAACAAAUUCAAACUGUGAAGUACUGGCCAAAAUUUAGGUUUGGAUAGACCACGUUGUCUUAAACUUGGAGAGAACUUGAAAUCAAGACAGCAGUUGUAAAAGAAGCAUUAUUUCAUCUGACUAUCAGCAUUCCAUUCAACAAAUGAUGUUCAAAUUUGACUUGUUGACAUUGAGGUAUUACAAAGUUAAUCCCUCCACAAUAGCAUUUAUAUAUGUUCCUUAAUGUUUUUUGUGAAUCUAUUUAUACACUCUAUUUAUGCUAAUGUAUAUGUAAAAUUUUCUAUAUUUGCAAAUGUCUAUUAUUUGAAUGGGAAUGAUGAGAAUGAAGAUAUAAUACAGUUUUA